CAGCCCUGCCCGCGCGGAGGCGGCGGCGGGUCGGUGGCCGGUUCCCGGACGCGGACGAUGGAGAGCUCGCUGGCAGUGCCCCGGCUGCCCCCGCACGACCCGCGCACUCCGCCGCUGGCGGUAGUGGACAUGCACACGGGCGGUGAGCCGCUGCGCGUCGUGCUGGCGGGCUGUCCCGAGGUGGUCGGCCCCACGCUGCUGGCCAAGCGGCGCUACAUGCGCGAACACCUGGACCACGUGCGGCGGCGUCUCCUGCUCGAGCCCCGGGGCCACCGGGACAUGUACGGGGCCGUGCUGGUGCCCAGCGAGCUGCCCGACGCGCACCUGGGCGUCCUGUUCCUGCACAACGAGGGCUACAGCUCCAUGUGCGGCCACGGGGUGCUGGCGCUGGGGCGCUUCGCGCUCGACUUCGGGCUGGUGCCCGCGCCGCCGGCCGGGGUCCGCGAGGCCCGCGUCAACAUCCACUGCCCGUGCGGGCUGGUGGCCGCCUUCGUGCAGUGCGAGGGCGGCCGCAGCCGCGGCCCGGUGCGCUUCCACAGCGUCCCGGCCUUCGCGCUGGCCACAGAUCUCCUGGUGGAUGUUCCUGGUCAUGGAAAGGUGGUGGUGGACAUUGCAUAUGGUGGUGCAUUUUAUGCUUUUGUGAGUGCUGAAAAGUUAGGGCUCGAUGUUUGUUCUGCAAAGACAAGGGACCUUGUGGAUGCAGCGACUGCAGUGACAGGGGCAGUGAAAGCUCAGUUUAAAAUUCAUCAUCCUGAAAGUGCAGACCUUGCCUUUCUGUACGGAACUAUACUAACAGAUGGAAGAGACGCUCACAGUGAGGAACCAACCACCAACAUCUGUGUGUUUGCAGAUGCACAGGUUGACAGAAGUCCUACUGGCUCAGGAGUGACAGCCCGAAUUGCCCUCCAGUAUCACAAAGGGCUUCUGGAACUGAACCAGACCAGAGCCUUCAAAAGCAGUGCAACUGGCUCAGUCUUCACAGGGAAGGCUGUGAGGGAAGCAAAAUGUGGUGAUUUUAAAGCUGUUAUAGUGGAAGUAUCUGGACAAGCCCACUACACAGGUACAGCAAGUUUUACAAUCGAAGACGAUGACUCACUGAAGGAUGGAUUUCUUCUCAAGUGACUCCUAUGGCUUUUAAAGGCUUCCUUCUUAAAGCAAUAAUUGUAAUUAAUUUUUCUCUGAAUUAUGUGGAAAGCUAUCCAAAUUCUAAAUGUAAGCCAACUUCCAUUCUUUUUAAAAUAGUAUGCUGUGGCUAAAUGUCAUUAUACCUCAUAUUUGCACAUGUGUAUUGGUAUAUGUAGCAAACAAAAUGCCAAAAGUUCAUUCUUUUAAAAUAAUACUCUAUGGUAAUUACUAAAAUAUGUUAAAGAUUGCUUGAAUAUUGUUCAAAUGCUUGAAUAAUAUCUUGAAUUGUAGCCCUCACAAGAAGUUCAUUACUUUAGUCUUCCAGGUUCGAGCAAAAUAAUGGCGUCUUCUCUGAGCAGCAUGUAAGGUAGACAGAUUAUUAUAAGGUACUCUACCCUUAGUGAGUAUAGCGUGGAAGAGAGUGGGGGCGGGUCAGCUUCUUUGGGUCAAUGUUGUUCUAGAUGCUGCUGGGAUGCUCUCUGUGGUGCACAGCCCAGAUCCUACACCCAGGUAACUGAAGCCUGAUAAACUGACAUGAGAACACCAACUAAUCAUUAGACUUUUGCUAUGUCUUUAAGGCUGUUACAAUAGAGAUUGUUUAUUGCAUUAUUGAAAUACAGGUACACAGUAAAUAUCAGUCAAUGAAUCACUACCGUGGGGUGAGUCUCAUCCUCUCCCAGCUACAUGCCAGGUAGAUUUAAAACAUAAAAGAAAUGUUAACUGUUGACAUUCUUGCUAGUUAAUUGUCUGUGAGCCUGUUAAAAAUAAAAUUUGAUCAUUAUCAGUCAUUAUAAAAUGAAGUAUUAAAAAAUUAUUCCACA